GGCUCCUCCCGCAGGGAUUCCUGGGAGAGCUCUGAGUAAUCGUGAGGGGAGGGGCAGAAAGGUCGAGGCUGCUUGAUAUUCAUGAGGAGGCGGAGCCUCCACCCGCUGGGGCUCCUGGGAGAAUUCUAAAAUCUACUUGAGGCGACGGGGGCGCCCGAGAGCUGAAGACACAGCUUCGGGGCGGAGCGGAGGUAGCGAAGCAGUAUCCUCCCCCAUUUUCUGGCGGGAAAAGCCUGAGGCGAUUUUUAUUUUUAAGUAUUAUGAAAUCUGAGGAGGGUGGGACAAGACGACUAAAUCCCACUUUCCUGUGAUACUGUAGCCGGAAAACUGUCGAAACCUGUGACUAUAAAAAAAAAUCCCAACACUCAGGAGGCAAAGGCAGUUAGAUCUCUGUGAUCUGAUCUACAGUUCCAGAACAGCCAGUGGAUAAAUUUAUGGGAUAAGAGAAGAUGGCGUCUAGAGUAAAUACCACUUUCACUCUGAUACCCAGCUCAAAAUGUAGACGUUUGAAUCAUCAAUCCAGCGAUUUUUGCAACACUCUUGAUUCAGAUCCUCAGCUCUUAUCUACACUUGGAAAUUUUAAAGUCUUACCAUUGGAAAUAUUACACAUAAUUUUAAGAUACUUGUCAGUGAAGGAUAUUGGCAUGUUAAGUAUGGUGUCCAAAACAGUCAGCCAGCACAUAAUUAAUUACAUCUCAACCUCAUCUGGAAGUAGGAGACUUUUACUACAGAACUUUCAUGACCUUGAUCUGCCUGGCACAAAAGAAGAGACUGCUCUAUUGGAGCACUACAGAGCUCUAGGUCUACUAUUUAAAAGAUGCACCUUGCUGCUUCCCACCAAGGAAAGACUGAAAUACAUUCAGAAGAUACUCUCAGAAGUUCCCUGCUUCAAGUUCAGUGGCUGCUCAGCUCCUCUGCAGUGUUUAGGAUUAUCAUGUUAUGGCAUGUUUUUACAGACUUUAACCGCAGGCUGGGAUGAACUUGAAUGUCAUCGUGUGUAUAACUUCUUAUGUGAGCAGACUAAUCUCUCCCGAAAGAUGCAGACUGUUGUCUGUAACAAACCAGGAAGUGCUCGAAAACUGGAGUUAAGGGUUAGAUUGUUCUGCCGGAAUGUCCUACUUGAUCACUGGACGCAUCGGAGUGAUUCUGCAUUUUGGUUAACUCGAAUAUUAAAGCCGUGGCCAAUGGUGAAUCAGGCAAGAUUGCUAUAUAUUAUCUUUGGACCAACAUCUCCUCAUGAUGGGCAGGUGAUUUGGCAGGAAAUGAUAGAAGGGCCUACAGAUGAGUCCAGUCUGAAAGGUUUGGCUAAUGCCAUUAAGUUACUGUAUGACACAGGUGCCAAAGGCUGGACAGCAGAUGAUGUCAUCAGUCUUGUAGAUGAGCUGUCAGUGGUUCCCCGGGAGUGGCUUCUGGAGAACAAUGCACGCCUCCUGAUCCUGAGCGGGAACAACAUCUGCUUCACUUUCAUGGCUAGUAAAGCUGUAAACGGGCGAGCCAUCGAGCUGGCAAGGCUCAUAGUCUUUUUGGCUUUGGUGUGUGAGAAAGAGUUGUACUGCAUGGACUGGACAGUUAGAAUGAUGCAAAAAGUCUGCAAAGUCUUCAACACUGCAACAGAGAGAAAGAGCUUCCUGCAGAGCGUAGCAAAUGCCUUUGCCUGUGUCACGAUGGAAAUGCUGCAGCCCGUUAUGUCUGGAGAGCGUGAUGAUGAUGACAGAGGCUUCCUGAAUUUGUUCCAUCUUCUCCAUGCUCAGGCAAACUUCCAUAAGGAGGUGCUGUAUCUGACCAUGAAUGCUGUCUCUUCCUAAGUCAGGAAGCUUGUCUCUUAAAGAGUAUGUUCGCCUGGACUGGCAUUCAGGAGAGUGAGGCUUUUUCACAUCCAAGUAUAGCACCUAUUGGGCUCUUGAGAAUCUAAUUAACCAGAAACUCCAGUUGCACAGAACUUUGGCUGUAACUGUUUCACUUUGAUUAUUAGAAAAUAGCAGGCAAACCUAAAAAUAUAUUGCAACUUUUCUGGAAAACAAGUUCUGGCUCUCCAGGUCUUGGUAAAUAUAACAUCAAACAAAAUCAGAGUAUUAACUGUCCACGAAUCUGCAGCCGACCCGACCUAUCUAUAUGGCUGCGAAGCAAGAACUAAUUCUGCCUUAUUAAGAGCAGCUCCACACUCAAUGACUAGUGCUCUCUGUUCACUUUGCCCACGUGUUCUCUCAGGAUUUGUAAUACUAGCUUUUAGAAUGUACAUUAUGUAAGUAACACUCUUUACCACCUUCUUAGCAUAUGGUUACAAAACAAUCUUAUAUUCAUUUAUAUUUGUAUGAACUAACAAAGUCCAAAAUAAGUAUGUGUAGAUAAUAUAUAUUGUAUAUUUAUAUAUGUAAAGACACAUGUGCAUAUAUUUCCUGCAAGACAAUCAUACAAAAGGUCUACAAAUGUGUGUGUGUGUGUGUGUGUGUGUGUGUGUGUGUGUGUGUGUGUGUGUGUGUGUGAACUGUAGUUUUCAGAUAAUGGAAUUAUCUUGUAACUUCCCUUGGGAUUAGAGCAGUAAAUUGCAAGCAGGAGAAAAACAUAAUAAAAGCAAGUAGCUCUUCUGCUGCCAGAACAAUCUUCACAACUCACUGCUCUUCCUGGUAAGACUCCUCCCAGUCCCGGAAAGUGGGGUUUGAUGGUGGGGACUGACAGCACAGACUGUGAGAGUGUGCACAGAGAGAGGGGCAGGGCAAGAGGACAGCAUGUGUGUGGACCCCAGAAACUCUAGGCCCAUAGAGUAGACCUACCACUCACCUUCUCCUCCACUUGCCUCCCAAGGGGCUAUAGUGAGGGGCCUCCUGUGGCUCCCUUCCCUCUUUUCCAGUCAAACCCAGGGCUUUGCACAGCUAAGCAAGCGCUUCACCACUGAGCUUCCCCACCCCACACUCACCUUCCCACUCGAUUCUCAGAGGCUGCCCUGCUUUUCCUCCGCAUACUGGGAGGUCAGGAGAUCACUGUCAGCAGUGGGAUAUAAAGAAAAGUCAUGGGGUUAGGGAUUUAGCUCAGUGGUAGAGCACUUGCCUAACAAGCAUAAGGCCCUGGUUCGGUCCCCAGCUCUGGAAAAAAAAGAAAAAGGAAAAAAAAAAAAAAAAAGAAAAGUCAUGAGUUUUAACAAAAGGCUCAGUGAAUAUUUGAUAAGACUGAGGACAGUGAAAAUUGUGGAGAAAAAUUGUGAUCUCAGGCUUUUACUGUUUCAAUAACAAAAACACUCAUAAUAUGAAAGGAUCAAAAUUAAUUGCCUUUUUGUUGUCUAUGUAUAAUUUCACUAGUGGGAAGAUUUUUGUUUUUUUCUCCAGAGUUUAUUUGAAGAUUUAGGGAGGGAAACAUUCUUGCUUUUUUUCCUCAUUUAAUUUUCUUCUGUUCAGGUAAAGAAUUGAUCUGUAACCAACAGCCUGGCAGCCCAUGGUAACAGCAAGUGGCAGAGUACAAAGUAACACCUCACUCUUUCUCUGUACUGACACUCCCAUACCCACUUUGGAAAGAUUACUAGAUUUACUUAUCAAACACUGGUGAUUUCAAGCUGACAUUUUCUUGGAAAGAAAGGGAAAAGAAGCAGAUGUUACUGGGAACAGUAUUUUAAAGAUUAUACUUACUUUUUUUCAUUUACUAUUUUAGAUUCCUUGAGUUAAAGAGUUUCUUUACAUACCUCUGGCUGUCUUGAAACACACUAUGCAGACCAGGUUGGCUUUGAACUCACAGAGAUCUACCUGCCUUUGCUUCCGAGUGCUGGGACUAAAGGUGUGUGCCACCACAUCUAGCUCUGAAGAGCCUGACAAGUGGAUAAUUGCAUUUUAGGAGGCUAAGAUUACUGCAGGCUGCUCUCACAGAGAACCCAGUUCAGUCUCUGUCACUCACGUGGCAACCUACCUCCAUCUGUAACUCCAGUUCCGCCUGUGCAGGCAUAUUAGACAUGGUACACAUCUGUUCAUCCCUCCCAUGCACAGAGAAUACCCAUACACAUAUAAUAAUAUAAAACUUUUUAAAAGAUAAUUUCAUUUUCGGGCUGGAGAGAUGGCUCAGUGGUUAAGAGCACUGACUGCUCUUCCAGAGGUCCUGAGUUCAAUUCCCAGCAACCACAUGGUGGCUCACAACCAUCUGUAAUGGGAUCUGAUGCCCCCUUCUGGUGUGUCUGAAAAUAAGUACAGCGUACUUAUGUAUAAUAAAUAAAUCUUUAAAAAGAAAAGAUAAUUUCAUUUUCUUAGAGAAAGAAAUGCAUCAUUCUGAAGUUUGCUUUUAAUAACAAAAGUCUUCACAAUUCAGAAAAUUUACCAAAGAAGCAUGUUUUAAUUAAAACAGUUUAUUGUCUGUACUGGGAAUUGAACUCAGAGCCUCACACUUGCUAGAUAAUCAUUCUACUACUGAGCUAUAAUCCUGCUAAUUUAAAUUUUCUUUUAUUGGGAUUUGACUCUUCUUGCAUAUUUGUUGACAUAACUCGCUGCUAUAAAUUCUUUUCAAUUCAUGUAAAGUUGUUGAUCUUGGUUACUUCUGAGUUUAAAUCUGAAAGAAAAUCAAGCCAUGAUUGCAGUAAUGACUUUUCUUCUUCCUGAGACAUGGCUGUUUCUCUGUGUAGCUCUGGCUGUCCUAGAACUUACUCUAUACACCAGGCUGGCCUUGAACUCAUGAGGUCCACCUGCUUCUACCUCCCAAGUGCCGGGCUAAAGGCGUGUGCCACAAUUGCCCAGUUCCUUUUUUCUAUCUCUAAAAAGUAAAUUGGCAAAUUCUUUAUCUAAUAGUAGAUAAAGUAAAUUUGGGAGUGAAUCUGCAGUUUCCACAAUUCAGCAACCUGGUUAUUGAUUUUGCUAAGUACAUUUGUCAUUUAAAAAAAAAGUGAUUUUGAGUUUUAAAGAGAGAAUAAGGGGCUGGAGAGAUGGCUCGGCGGUUAAGAGCACUGACUACUCUUCCAGAGGACCUGAGUUCAAUUCCCAGCAACCACAUGGUGGGUCACAACCAUCUGUAAUGGAAUCUGAUGCCCUCUUCUGGUGUGUCUGAAGACAGCUACAGUGUACUCAUAAAUAAAUCAUUAAAAGAGAGAGAGGGGGGUUGGGGAUUUAGCUCAGUGGUAGAGCGCUUGCCUAGCAAGCGCAAGGCCCUGGGUUCGGUCCCCAGCUCCUAAAAAAAGAAAAGAAGAAAAGGAAAAAAAAAAAGAGAGAGAGAGGGAGACACUAAUUUGAGUAACAUUUGUAUAGCACAGAGGUUUAAGUAACAAGCAGUCUGAUUAAACACACACAUACACACACACACACACACACACACACACACACACACACACACACAAAUGGAACAUUUGAAAAUUGGUAGACUAAAAUGCUAGAACUGGCUAGACAGGAAUUAACUAAAAAGUCAUAAAAACAUUGUAAACUUUCCACUAAACAGAUAAUUUCUUCUGUCAUUUUUUGCAAUCAUCUCCAGUCACUGUGAUCCCUGGAGACCCAGGCUCCCAAAACGUCUUUUCCUUUUUGGUGGGUUAACCUUUACCAGAGGGAAAGUCAGUGCACCACGACAUAGCUGUUACUGUUCUUUCUGUACACAUGGCAUACCGUGACGCCACUCAUGUCAGGAACUGAAGUCUGUAUCUUGUGAUGACUAUGUUAACCAUGUGAAACCAUGCACUGUAGCACACUGUUGUGGUGAUGCCAUCUGUCCUCUUAGUUCCUAAGUGGUGGUGUGUGUGUUCUGGUGGCAAAGGUCAGCUCUGUCCAUCAGGCACCUGCUUAGAAGUUCCUUAUCCUGUGCGCCUGGCCAACUCUGUUUGCACUCCUAGGUCUUUGUCAAUAAUAGUUUAUUGCUAGGGAAACUUCACCUUUGGAGAACAGAGCAAGCAGGAGGUACCCAGUAGAAGGUGUAGCGACAGAAUCACUUUAUGUCUGAGAAAUAAACACUACUACUGUCUUUAUGUGGUUAGCCUCAAGGUCAGCAUCCUUCUGUGAACAGUACUCAGUCACGUGACUGCAGAUUUGUACAUGCCUUGACAGCCUCUGUGCUGACUGGAGACUGUUUCAGUAACUACUAGCAGAGUGCAGUAUUCUCUCAAAAGCACUGUGUUAUGCCAAACAUCUUUGAAAACUAAUAUUCUAUUUGUUCAACUUUAUUUAAUUUCUUAUUUAUUUUAAUAAAAUUAAGUUUAAACUAGAAAUAUUUCUAAUAUGUUUAGAGUUUCUUAUUGUUUCAUUCAUUGAAUUUCUGUAGUGUACUUGUAUUUAUUUAAGCUGUUUUUUUUUCUUUUUUAAAAACAAGGCAUUACUAUCUAGGAUGGUGUAGAACUCACUAUGCAGAGUGGACUGGCCUGAAACUCACAGAGAUCCCUCUGCCUCCUGAGUACUGGAAUGAAAGGCUUGUGCCACCAUGCCUGGCUAAGCUAUCAAUUAAACCCUACAGUGGUUUUUAAGGAUGAAUUAUCAGACUGGCUGCAUGCCUAUAAUCCCAGCACUUGGGAGGUAGGGGCAGGAAGGCUGCUGUUACUUUAAAGCUUGCUGUACAGAUCAGGUUCCAGGCCAGUCAGAAUUGCAUGCACAGCAAGACCUUGUCUCAAAACAAGACAAAAGUGAGCACUUGUUUUCAAACACUGGGAAAGGGGAACUGAAGCUUGCACCUUGCACAUGCUAGGCAAGCACUGUACCUCUGAGCAUAUCCCAGGCCUGUGUGUGUGCUAAGGAAGGAACUUAGAGCCUCAGGCAUGCUACACACACUCUACUCCUAAGCUACCCUGCAAGCUCCAGGGAACUGUCUUAUAUAAACAGUGUUGCAGACAGUUAUAUCUAUCUUAGCCUUAACAGUGUGGCAUCCGAACAUUAACUUAAUUUACUAGAAACCACUCAUCAAUUGAACAGUAGUCUGUAAGUAGUGCAACACUGUAAAAUGUUCUCUUUAGUUCAGAGAGAAAAUUCCCAAGCAUUAUUCCAACUGCUGCUAAAAUAGAUGUUAUAAUUAUCAGUUUAAUGCCAGUUCCAAACCCCUAAAUAAGCAAAUAUUACUGUUAUUGCCAGCAACUUCCUGAAACUACACAAAUUCAGUGUAUCCCUCCCUCCCUCUUUUCCUUUCAGUCAUGAAGGGAGCAGAUACAACCCAGGGUCCAAGAUAGGUAAGUGAUCCUUAGAUGAUUUUAGAUAGCAGGUGGUGCAAACUUUUAAUCCCAGCACUUGGGAGGUAAACAGGUGGAUCCCUGUGUUCGAGGCCAGCGUGGUCUAUAAAGUGAGUUCCAGGACAGCCAAGGAUACACGGAAAAAAACUUUCUUAAAAAACCAAGAGUGAGAGAAAGAGGAGAGAAAGGAGGUAGUGGUUCUCAACCUUACGAAAACGAAGUCUGGAAAAGCCAAAGCAAGAAAUAGUUUCCACCUCGGCUAUGCUUAAUGAAAAUGUUACUGUAAUUUCAAGUUUAAAUGAUAUGCUAAGAAAUUUUACAUUUCAAAUAAUGCUAAAUUUAAACCAUUUUUGAAAAGCAGUCUUUUUUCCCUGAAACUUAAUAGAUUUAAAUUUUUCAGCUCCAUUUCAAGAUGAUAAACUUCCAUUCUGGGUCCACACACUGGGAAAAAUACACUGUGGGUGUCUGACUUUGCAGUAUUUCCCUCUUCUCUUUAAUGUUCUCAAAAUUUAUCCUCAGUAAUUUUCCUAAAAUAAAUUAUAUCACUUCUAUAAUUUCGUCAAAAAUAUUUGUGUCAUGAUUCUUAGCAUUAUGUCAUCUUAACUUUUGCAGCAUAAUUUACAGUUGUUUAGAUACAUUUUAUUGCACUGGCAUAAGCCAAAUAUAAGAUCUAUUUUACCUGAUGAUCCUGUGACAGAGAUCUGUGAAAUAUAUACAAAACUUUACACAAAUAAAGGUUUUAAUAUUUUAUUGUGCUUGAGAAUCCCAAUAUAUAUGUAGUUUAAAUAUGACAUAAAACAUUUUCUAUCUAGACAUAGUAGCUCAUGCCUGUCAUCCCAGUACUUGGGAGACAGGCAAGAGAAUUGCCACAUGUUCAAGGCCAGCUUAUGGUACAUAGUUGUCUUAGGCUUUGCUUUGCUGCGAAGAGACACCAUGACCAUGGCAAUUCUUAUAAGGGCAAACAUUUCAUUGGGGCUGGCUUACAGUUUCAGGGUUCAGUCCAUUAUCAUCGUGGUGGGAAGCAUAGCAGUGUGCAGGCCGACAUGGUGCUGGAAAAGGAGCCGAGAAUCUUGAUCCGAAGACAAGUAGGAGACACUGUCUCUUCCACACUGGAUGUAGCACUCAAAGCCUACCUAUACGAUGGCGCACUUCCUCCGACAAGGACACACCUCAGAAUACUGUUGUUUCUUGUGGGCCAAGCAUUCAAACACAUGAAUCUAUGGAGACUAAACCUAUUCAAAUUAACACAACAGUGGCCAGCUGUUUUCUAUUUGAGUGGCAGGCUUAAACCCAGAAGCUUGAGGAGACCUACCUAAAAUGAGAGAUGGCUCAGCAGUUAAAACAGUGUCUACUCUAUCUAUCUAUCUAUCUAUCUAUCUAUCUAUCUAUCUAUCUAUCUAUCUAUCUGGUGUUCUUUUUUUUAAAAGAUUACUUAUUUUUAUAUGAGUACACCGUUGCUGUCUUCAGACAUACCAAAAGAACACAUCAGAUCCCAUUACAGAUACUCUGUGGGUCACCAUGUGAUUGCUGGGAAUUGAACUCAGGACCUCUGGAAGAGCAGUCAGUGCUCUCAAUCACUGAGCCACAUCUCUAGUCCAAAACAGUGGCUACUCUUGCAGAGGACCAAGUUCAAUUCCUAAUACCCAUCUGCAGUUCACAAUUGUCUGUAAACAAGUCUAAGAGAUUCCACUUUCUUCUGGCCUCUGCUCCACUGGCACCAGGCAUGCAUGUGGUGCACAGGCAAACAUGCAGGCAAAACACCCAUAGAUAUAAAAUAAUAAUGAAUUUAAAGCAAAUAAGUUCACCCAAACCAAACAAUACUAACUCUGGAGAAGUUGAAACAGAAUGAUGGCAAGUUGAGGCCAGCCUCAGGUAUAGUGAGACCUUGUCUUGAGGAAACAAAAACAAAACAACACAACAGGAAACCUACUGUUAUUUCUGGGUAUGUUGUUGUCUGGGUGUGUAAGCACAAAGUAACAGCUCUUCAAUGUUUAUUUCUUAAAACUAGGAAGACAUAAAGCUGCCUGUUCCUGAAGACCUGUUUAAUUCUCUGGAUCCAGAUAAUGUAAGGAGAAAACAGACUCCCCACAAGUUGUUCUCUGACCUCCACACACAGGACUCACGCGCGCGCACACACACACACACACACACACACAGAGUUUUUUUUUUUAACUAUGAUAUUUUAUAAAUAACAUUUUUUAAAAAGGCUAGUCUGGGCCUGGAGAGAUGGUUCGAUGGUUAAGAGUAUUUACUGUAUUUACUGCUGUUGCAGAGAACACAGAUUCACUCAGUUCCCAGAGCCCACAGGGAGGCUUACAGCCAUCUGGAUCCCAGUCCCAGGGGAUCUGACGUAUUCUUCUGACCUUCCUGGGUUCCUGCAGUAACACGGUACACAGACGUACACUCAGGCAUGCAACACAAAAAUACAAGGUAAAAUAAAAUUUAAAGCAAUUAAAGGAUAAGUGAUCUUACGCUGUGCCCAUGUCUGGGGGCAUAUGUAUGCACCUUCUCUGAGGUUAGCCUCUUUGCCCUUGUGCGAUAUUACUGACAAGUUGUUUCAGUUUUAUAUGGAUACAGAGUAAAGAACUUCGGUCUCAUAGAACUUCAGAGUGAAACUUGAUUAGAGACUAUGCCAUAAAGAUUUAAUCACCAUAAUUAACUCUGUACUUUGGACCCCUUCAAACCUUGGUACUUGCUUAGGUAAGGAUACAGAACUGCUAUCUUAGUAGAAAGUUGUAGUUUGGACCAGGCACAGUGGUUCAACCCUGUAAUCCCAGCUCUCUGGGAGUGGAGGCUGUUAGGAUUUCAGGUCUGAGGCCAGCCUGGGCUGCAUCCUCCUCCCAAACAGGGAAGGAAAGAGGGAGGAGAGGAAGAAGGAAGGAAUUGGAGUUUGAAAUAAUAAGAUUAUGCUAGAGUUAGAGAGAUACUCUAGAGGGAAAUGUCAGGGUGCCCCUGAAGGUAACCCCCUAAAUAUAUUAAUGCUCAGGCCUCUGCUCAUCCCAGCAGUGAAUCUGCCCAUUAUUUGUCUUAAGCCCAUGUUGUCACAUAGUAUCACGUUUCUUAAUAUGUCCUAACACCUUAGACAAAUUACCGGUGAUAUAUAUUUGCAGUAAAUAAAUCUAUUUCCUCCUCAAAUUUAUCUUGCAGUUGAAUUUUUCACUAUAAAUUCUUGUGUGAAGAUGGUCACACACCCGUAAUUUCAGUACUCAGGAGGCUGAGGCAGGAGGACUGUGAGUUUGAGGCCAGCCUGGGCUCCACAGCAAGACCCUGGAACAAACAAGGCCAUCUGGGGAAGGCUGGGAGAAGUGGUAACGACUCAGGGUUGUCCCAUUACUUAGCUAGAGUUUUAGAUUUGUUUGUUUUGUUUCAAGACCAGGUUUCUCUGUGUUAGCCUAGCUGUUCUGGCUGUUUUAGCAUUUUAACACUGGAAAGGAUAAGAAAUCUUUUCUAAAGAUUAUUUAUUUAUUGUAUAUGAAUACAAUGUAGCUGUCUUUGGGCACAGGAAAAGAGGGUAUCAGAUCUCAUUACAGAUGGUUGUGAGCCACCAUGUGGUUGCUGGGAUUUGAACUCAGGGCCUCUGGUAGAGCAGUCAGUGCUCUUAACCGCUGAGCCAUCUCUCCAGCCCCAGGAAAUCUUUUAGAGUCUAGGAAAAAGACUAAAGCUGUAGAGUUUAAAUGGCUCUGUGACAUAGACAGAAUUAAUGUUUCUUUCUUGUCUAGAUUAUAUCUUUUUAGUGGCUUUUUUUUUCCAGACAGAGUUUCUCUGAGUAAGCCCUGGCUGUCCUGGAAUUCACUUUGCAGAGUAGGCUGUCCUCCAACUCAGAGACCCGCCUGCCUCUGUUUCAUGAGUGCUGGGCCUGAAGCCAUCACCAUUCUUUUUUUUUUUUUUUUCUAUUCUUUUUUUCGGAGCUGGGGAUCAAAUCACCAUUCUUUUUAAGAUGUGAGGGUCUUGGGCUGGAGCUGGUAGAGUACUUGGCUAGCAUGGGUGAGGCCCUGGGUUCAAUCCUGAGCAUUGCAGAAAUAGAGAAUGGGAAGAGGUGAGCUUUUUCUCUGCUGCUGACAGCAGUCCUCCUGCCUCAGCUCCAGGACUAGAGGAUAACCACAAGAAAGCUUGUCCAGGAAGGAAUUUAAGAUGCAAACUUGUGGCAUAAAUUAUACAACCUCACUUUCUGCCUCUCUUUUAUUUUUAUUUUAUGUAUACGGGUGUUCUGCCUUCCUGUAUGUCUGUGCACCACUUGUGUGUACAGAACAUGCAAUCCCAGAAAAUAUCAGAUUCUCAGGAACUGGAGUUACAGAUGACUGUGAGCCACCAUAUAAGUGCUGGGAACCAAAACAGGGUCCUCUGCAAAAGCAACAAGGACUCUUAACAGCUGAGCCAUCUCUCCAGCCCCUCUCUUUCUGGAAGAUAGAAUCUCAUGUAGCCAAGGCUGGCCUUGAACACCUGAUCCUUCGUCUCUUUUCCCAAGUGCUGGCAUUAUAGGCAUGUGCUACCAUACUCUGCCACCAUACUUGGCUUUUCUUCUUAAAAAUAGCAAUUGGACAAAAUAUUAUUACAAGAAAUUAUUCAUUUUUUCCUUGUUUAUUUUUAACCUAAAAAAGAAAAUCAAUGCAGAACAAUUAUGAUGGAGUCUUCAAGGAAAUAAUAGAUACCACAGAUUUGGGGUCAAAUCUACUCUAACCUAAGAUACAGUUUUUUUCAACCUUAACUGGACAAGGAAAUAACAACUUUGGGUUUUUUUUGUUUUUUUGGGUUUUUUUUUUGUUUGUUUGUUUGUUUUUGUUUUUUAGGAUAAAGGAAUGUUUAAAAACUCUUAAAACGUUUUCAGACCCUUCCAUUGGGGAUAAUUUUUUCUCCUAAAUUAAUACUGCCAUUUUGUCCCAGUGCUUUAUAGGUGGGCACAAAGAAUGAAGACUUCACAACCAUGCGCCUCUAGUCAACUAAGGAGCUGGGAAUAAGUGGGAAAAGCAGGGAAGAAAUGAUAAAUCUCAAAGAAUUCAAAUAACAGGAUUUUGGGGGUGGAGUGGUUUGAAGAUCAAGGGAAACCACAUAUCCUCAGCCUGUACAAACUGUAAACUACUGAUCAGAGUUUGCCCUUGAGUUUACAAGGGAAAACAGGAAGGGAAGAACAUCUUAGGAUCGUGUGCAGUUGCCUUUAGGUGGAAGGAAAGGCUGCCCGUGUGAAUGCCUGGGCACUCUCAACUCUGGCUUCACUGUUCCAACCUUCCAUUUCACAAUACACCCUGUCUACAGCUCAAUCGCACGCAUCCUGAUGUCCCCAAGAGUGCCCCUGCCUCACAGAAUGCCGGCUUGCCAAGGGUCAGCCACAUCUGGAUACACUGGAAGAAGUCAGUUGGGCCUCAGGAUUGCUGUCGUUGGUAAGGGGCCUCUUGCUGGACCCCGCACAGGAGCUGUGGGAAACCCAAAAACAGAAUGGUCAGCUGGGAACUGCAGGAGGGGCACUAGCAAGAGCUCUGAGAACCAACAUCCCAUCCCUCUACACCAAACUGUGCCCACACGACUAGGGAAAAGUGGGCACCUCCCCCACCCCUUACCCCAAGUAAGUGUCAUUUGCUGUUUUUUCUCAAGUGGGAGUUAAUCGCGAGUGAAUUAAUGAAUGCAGUCGUGCCUGCUGCAGUGAAUUAAUGAAUGCAGUCGUGCCUGCUGCAGUGAAUGAAUGAGUACAGUUGCCUUGCCCACACAGAAGGAUGUACUGUAGUCGUUGCCAGGAGAGAAUGGACAACUUGGUUUUGCAUCUACCUGGAAGAGGAAAUUAGGAAAUGAUUGUCCCCACCCCACCCCAGUACAUCUUUCCAUCCCUCCCCCUCCCACCUAAAACCUAGUACAUUUUACUUUUAUUUAUUUAUUUUUUAUUUAUAGCGAAGUUUAUUUUUAAUUUUAAGAAAUCACAUUUUAAAUCAAUUCCAAAGGAAGCUGACCUUUCUUUUCUUACUCUUCUCAGAUUGAACCAAGAAAUGCUACGUCAAUGUGUAUGACAAAUAGAUACAAAACCAAGCUUUUAUUUAUUUAUUUAUUUAUUUAUUUAUUUAUUUAAUCAAUACCCGAAUAAUGACCAGAAGCCAAAAUCCACCGGUGCGUCCGCAAGCAGGGUGCUCGGCCUUUCAGCUCCAUCCUUCCCCUCGCAGCCCCUGCGGCUCCAGGCCACUAGAGCAGGUAAAUUAUGUAGGACAGAACCACCAGGCCUAUGAUGGCAAAGAACAUGAGGAUGAAGAUAUCCAGCAUGGCUCAGUACUAAGCAGAGGAGCCCCCUAGAUUCCCGGGAAGUGGGAACUGCAAGUGUGGAGAUCGGUCAGCGCGGAGAAAUGGCUCCUACUCCCUCCCGCUUCCUGUUCCCUCCCCCUCCCAGGGACCCGAGGCUAAGGGAUGCUGCAACUCCAUCAGCAGCUUACUCUCCACCUCCACCAUCACAGCCAGCCAAUCACAAAGCCCACGGUGGGUAACCAGGGAACAGCUACUUUUAGACAGGCAAAACCGGAGAGGUUCAAUUUCUUCCCAGGAAGGCAGCCCCGCCCCUUCGUGUGGAAACGCUCUCUCUAUUUAGAUACAGUUUCUGCACUGAGUGGGGUGCUCCGGAAGGUGUGAGCGGAGGAUCUCUACAGACCCCUUAGGAAUGGAUUCUUCUGCCUGCCUUCUUCCUGCUUCCUCUCACACAUUUCUGGCAAUCUAACUCAGAAAACUAAUUGUUACCAGUUUUGUGGGCCAUUGGUUAAUUCACAGAACAUGGAAGAAAGUCUCACGGGCGUCUUGGGCGGGGGUGGGGGGGGGCGCUGCGACCCUGGGCAUGGACGUGAGUUUUUCCACUGUGCCAGGUAUGGCGCACGUAGGGUCAUUUCAACUGGUGCAAAGUCUUUUACAGCCUGAACUCAAGAGCUUGCCUGAUAAAUUUUACAUCUUGUCAACAGGGGCAGGAGUCAAAGCGAUGUUCUCACAUUCCUAAAUGCAUACUCUCUCUUGGAGCCCACCCCACACUGGCUUGCCUUGUUGGUCUGGGAGAUCCUCGGAGCCUAAGCUUAAUUGUGUCACCUGAGGUCUCCUGCUACCCCAUGUGCUGCUGCUGCCCCCAAUUGUUUUCUCUGGAUCUUCUGAAUUUACCCAGUGACAUCCUCAGAGAAAGCAGCAAGAAGCCCACACACCCCACUCCUGGGUAAUGUCUGGAAAUGCAAAUCCAAGUGGGAUUUUGGGUUUUUUGUUUGUUUUGUAUUAUUGCUAUUAUUAUUAUUAAUUAUUGGGUUUUUUUUGUCUUGAGAUAGUCUCAAGUAGCCCAGGCUAGCCCUUGACUUCUGCCUCUACCUCUCAGCCUCCUGAGCAUUGCCGUUACAGCCAGCUUUCACGUGGUUUCUUCUGAGGGAAUGGGGUCUUACUAAAACUCAGUGACAGGGUUCAAAGGGUAAGGAUGCCUUACAUCAAAUCUGAGGACCUGAGUUCAAUCCCUGGGGCCCGCAGUGUGAAGAGGACUCCUGUAAGUUGUCCUGUGAUGUCCACACAUGCCCUCUGGUGUACACACAGGCACAUAAACCCACACCCCACAGUGGUGUAUUUUUUUUUUUUUUUUUUGGUUCUUUUUUUUGGAGCUGGGGACCGAACCCAGGGCCUUGCGCUUCCUAGGUAAGCGCUCUACCACUGAGCUAAAUCCCCAGCCCCACCACAGUGGUGUAUUUUGAUGCUUUCUGCUGUGUGUUGUACACUGACAGUUACUAAAAUGUAAAGGAUUUCUGUAGGCCAAUUUCUAAGGUCUGGUCCUUAGCCUCACCCCGAAUAUUUUCUUUUAAGGGCCCAGGCCUCCAGAUAUUAGUAACCCCCUUUCUAACCGAAACUUAGGCCACUCUCAAGAGGGGAGACUUCCUGAGCAGGCAGUCCAGCAGACAAGGCUACACGGGGCCACAGGCUCUGCUGCUGCUAUUGGGAACUCUAAGCUGCCAUCUCUGUCCUCUGCCUGGGACAUUCCCCACACGCAGUUCAUUCAGCCAAGCCCUCGCCUCACCUGCUGUUCCCUGAGGCCAGAGAAUGCUUCCAUGUGAAACCCAGGUAGAAAAUGUCCCUUUCUAUGACGCCUCUGGCCAGGUGGCUGCCAACCAGGAGUCAGGGUCCAGGAAUGCUGUAUUGCUUACCACAGGUGCCUCCCUAGAGCCACUGAGCAGACGCUGCAGUGUUUGCAAUCAAGCUGGCUGGGGACCGGCCAUCACAGGACCGAGAAAUGGAAGGAGUGGGAGGACUGCCUCCCGUUGCCUGCCAGACGGCCUGUGGAGGGUUUAUCCAGUCUCUGUGACACUGUGGGCUGUCCUACUUGCAAUUGAUUUACAAUUCAAACGUGGCAGUGGUACACUGGGCUAGAACGCGCCUGGGCUGAGCUCACUGGUUGGCUUGAAGACUUGUAGAGCAGCCCACUCCCAGCGGCCAGGAACUUGAAUGACACCCGUGACUGUCCCUGAGUACACUAGCUAGAAAGAAGGAAGAAAACGCUUAACUGAAAAGGGGUGACAGUGUGAGAAGCCUCUGAACUCAGGGAAUGCCAGCCUUGACUGUGACAAUUUCCCCAGGCUGGGCAGAGCUGUCAUUGGUGAAUUCCACUGAAGGGCUGGGCUAUGUCCUCAAGGAGAAAACAAGCAUCAGAGUAGGAAGAGCAAGUGUCUUUGGUUUCUAGAGUAGUCUGUCUCUCUUUGAGGGUUAACUGGGUUCAGUGUGAGUGACAGGUCAAUGCCCCCUGGCAAACAGGACACACGCAGAAGUUACUUCAGAGUCAAAGAGGAAGAGGCCCAGUCCGCAGGUAAAAAUUAUACUUUUAUUUGAGUCACCAGGAUAAAGAUUCACUUUGUGGUUCAAGUCAAUGUUCAAAAAUCAUAACAGGCCAGAAAGAAUUGAUCCCAAGCACAAGGCCAGGAGGGAGGGGACCAAACAGACCAAAGAAAGAUGACAAUCCGAUAUAAAAGAUGAGUGGUGGCUUCACACGCACACACACACACACACACACACACACACACACACACACACACACAAAAA